ACAGUAGGCACUAUUUACUACUCAGAGAUCAUAUCUGUAAAAUGCCGAUAUGUUUUAGUCAUAGAGAGAGGCUUUUCAGUUAUAGAGGCUGUUAUUCAGAACAGGUGGAUGAAAGUUGAUGCCUCUAAUAUUAAGGCAUAGAAAGAAUAAUGCUAUUGCUUCUGAAUUUGGGGAGGUGGUGGCCGAACAACAAGGGAAGAAUCAAACUUACAUAUUUUCUUCUAAGAAAAUCGUGUGUAUGUGCUUUGUAUUGUUUUGUAGAAGUUUGCUAAUAAAGAUAUCACCAAAGGCUAGAGAGAAAAUCAUCUAGAGGAAAUGCUGGCAGUAUGGCCUGUGUUUAUUCAAAAAUCUCUACAGCAGAUUCUCUCGUUUUAGGGGCUAUCCAGAUUAUGAUUGGUGUCUUUCAUGUUUUCAUGUGGUACUUCCUAUUGGUUUUGUAUAUGGGACAAAUUAAAGGAGUCUUUGGAACAUAUGAACCUAUAACUUACAAAACAGGAUGUACUUUAUGGGGAACUUUCUUUAUCAUUGCAGGAGCCUUCAUAAUAAGAGUAACAAAGCAUCCAACUCGAUCUGGAAUUAUAUGUACUUUAAUCAUAAACGUCUUCUGCAUAAUGACUACAAUCAUUGCCAUAAUUCUAACAAUAAUUGAGUUGUCUCAUUUUAAGUCUGUGUCAUAUAGGAAUUAUGGACAAGCGAAACUUGGGAGGGAAGUAUCACGUAUUUUACUGUUCUUCUACCCUUUGGAAUUUUCUAUUGCACUUGCAUACUCAAUAUGUAGCUGUUGCAAUUUGUUUCAAAGACAUGAAGAUGAUGCUACAUCUCUUCCUCAGGAAGCUGAGAGCACUUUUUGAAAAAUCUAGAAAUGUAAGAAUUUUGCUGUUGCUGAUGCCUGAUGUGGGUCCUAAUGAUAUCUCUGUAUACCAAAGCAGUUAUGAAGCCUAUAGACUUUGUGCAAAAUAAAAUACAAAUAAGGUGAAUUUU